CUUAAGUCUUAGCCCGACCCGUAAAAAUCCCCAAAUCACAUCGCCAUUUGUGCAUUGAAGUUGAAGGUCACUGAUACAGAAACUAGAAAAUCUGGUUUUGUUGAAGCUCACAAGAAUCAGGGAAAGGAAAAUGGGAAACCCAAAGAAACAAUCGAACGAGGAACUACACGCGGCGGCUCGAGCGGGUGACCUGACCGCCGUGCAGAGAAUAUGCAGCUCCAACCCACUCGCAGUCAACUCCAGAGACAAGCACUCUCGAACCCCACUCCACCUGGCAGCGUGGUCUGGACAUGCACAGGUAGUGAAUUAUCUCUGCAAGAACAAGGCCGAUGUGGGUGCUGCUGCCAUGGACGACAUGGGUGCAGUUCACUUUGCUGCUCAGAAAGGCCAUCUAGAGGUUGUACGGAUUCUUCUUACAUCGGGAGUAUCUGUAAAAUCGGCCAAUCGCAAGGGUAUGACUGCCCUUCACUACGCUGCCCAAGGAUCUAAUCUGGAACUUGUCAAAUAUUUGUUGAAGAAAGGUGCAAAUCUUAGUGUUAGAAACAAAGCAGCCAAGACUCCCAUUGAUCUCGCAAGCAAUGACGACAUCCGGUCAUUCUUACACGAAUGCGAAACCACAUCUAUCCAAGAGGCUCUUGGUGGUGGAGAAAAAAGUGAUGAAGCUAAACCAAACCCCUCAUCGGUGGAAAAUGCAGAAGGCUCUGAGGUCAAAGCUGAUGAGGACGGGGGUGGAGAGGCUGAGGAUGCGAAAGAUGAAUCUGUCAAGAGAAAAGCAGACGGUGAGGAAGAUCAGGAAAACUCCAAGGAAACAAAGAAAGCAAAAGUUGCUCUAAAUCAUCUUCUAGCUUCAGAUGACGUGCAGGAAGAGGAAGAGGAAGAGAACCUUUGAGUGAACUCUGUGGAAAUAUGACUUACAAUAGCUACAAGCUGUAUCACUUAACACACAUUUCACUAGUAUGAUAGCGGGAGCUAUGUUGUUUUGUUAUUAUAGAGAUGUUGACAUGGCAA